GUGCCCGAGCCCAUUAGCCCCUGCUCCUCCCAGUCGGUUGACAACCGCCCUCCUACUCCUGUAGUCAUGAUGUAAAAGCCGAAAAGAGAAGAAAAAGAAAGGAAAAGAAAGAAAGAGAAGCCAAAAAGAUGGAAGAGGCAAGAAAGAAAGAGCAAGAAAAACUAGCAACGGAGAGAAUGAUGGCGGAACUAUCAAGAAACAGGUCGAUGUUCAAUGGGAACAAGGACACUCUUCCAGCCAUCGGAAGAAACACGGCAGAGGUAAAUUUUUGCAUCCAAAAGUUGCCAAAGAUCCAAGAAUAUGAGAUAACAGGCCCAUCUUUGCCAGACAACAAUGCUGUUGACGUCAUCAAGAAACACGACGCCAUAGUCCGAAAUACCGACUUCAUGAAAAAGAUCAGCCGAGAUUACAUCAACGCAAGCGCCGAACUGAUGAAGCCUUACAAUAAGAACGAGGCCAUUGACGUCAUCGAGAAGCACGAAGAAGAAGUUGGCAGAAUGCACGCAAUGUAUACCGGAAGUUAUACUACGAAAAACGCCUGCCAACUAGUGUCCGCAAGAUCUAGAAGCUCAUCUGGAGUGUCUAGGCGGAUGGCAGUUUAAUUCCUUACCAAUGGUCAUGCAUGCUCAUACUUAUUUCUC